AAAUUGAGAAAACUUCAAGUGUCAUGAUCCAACUCAUUCUGCUGAACCACUGUGGAGCUGAAAUCUGAUGGCUGCGUUCCUGCGUCCCAGUCCUGACCAAACACAAGUUUACUGUUCACACACAAUUCAUCCCACAAACACACACUCAAUGUAAACCUGUCCUCAGACGCACACAUAAAAAAACACACAAGCUCCUCGGAAAUUUAGCUUUGAGAGAAACCUGUUAUCAUAUCUGGGACUGAUUCGGAUCGCACCAUGUCGAAGGACGACUGUAAGGUGGGCUGUAAACACAAGGAACGCAAGCCCAAAAAGCCUCACUACAUCCCGCGACCGUGGGGCAAACCCUACAACUACAAAUGCUUCCAGUGCCCGUUCACGUGCAUGGAGAAAUCCCAUCUGUACAACCACAUGAAGUACAGCCUGUGCAAAAACUCCCUGUCGUUGCUCAUCGAGUCCGACUGGCCGUAUAAAAAAGAGCAACUCCGGCUCCAGCAGGGGGGCGUUCGCUCCCGUAGCCCCGCCAAGGCUCACUCUGAGCAGGCCUCGAUGUCGGACGAGCCCUCGCAUUCAGCCGGUCUGGAGGUCGAUGAGGCUGAGAAAAGAGAACCAGAAAGAGAAGCGGAGAAAGAUGACGAAGCAAUGGAGACAAACGGCUCAGCGGUUAUGAGUCCCGAACCGGCGGAAGCGUGUUCCAGAGGAAGCAAACGAUCAAAGCAAGAAGCCGAACUCGUGAUGUCCGAUGUGUUCUCGCUCGAGGAGCAACUUUUACGAGCACGCUCAGUCGAGGUGGAGUCAAAACUGCGACAUUAUAGGCUGUCGAAAACCUGUCUGUCGGGAUCGGCGGCGUUGCUUUCAGAGCAAUGGCGAAUCCUUAGCAAUCAGACUUCAGGAGCAAAGCCCAAAUCAGACCCGGUGGCCUCUUCUUUGCCCUGUUACCCUCCACCGGGGUCAACGGGUCAACUUGAAUGCCCCGACACAACGGGUUUCAAUCUGUCUUUGCUUGGCGUUGGAUACCCACUGGCUCCUGGACUCCUUUCAUACCUAAACCCGGCACUUACGGCAGCGAGCACAAACGCACAAAUGCCCUUCUUGGCAUCAACCGCGCAACUCGCACACGCGCAAAGACACUCAGAGCGUCCUUUACUGCCUCCUCACCUGUAUUAUCCUUUCCUCUGCGAGCACAGCUUUGGUGCAACACCCUCUUCUACGUCCUCUGAGACGAGCAAACUCAUCAAACCAGCCACCGUAAGCCUUCCGCCACCUUCGUAUCCUCCCAAACUAAACCUGUGGAAGGUCCCGGCCCUGCGGCCCAGCCAGAGCUCACCCGCAGCCUGGCCGUCUCCCACGUGCUCCUCCCCGGAGCCGAGCCACGCCGUAAAGGAGAGGAUACGAUCCAGGGAAGGGAAGACAGGCUGGCAGCAAGACGCUUCCUUCAUCAGAGAGCAAAGUCUGAAGAGAUCAUCAUUAGACUCCCAUGGUGCACCUGGAGAGAAGAAACCUGCACUUGAGUUUGCCCUCGACUCUCUGAAAAACACUCACAAAUCCACAUCCAUCGCCUCCCUGGUGUCCAGCAGGAUGUCUAUACACAACAGCCCCCGCAGUGACGCGUCGUCCCCGCUGCACAUGUCUGAGCAUCUGGAGGCGAGACAGAGAGGGAUGGAGCGAGACGUGGACCCGGCAGCUGCUCUCCUGCAGGACUUCUCCACAUUACUCCAGCAGUACCAGAACACAGAGCAGCGCGUCACCUCGCUGCCCGAGCAGUGCCACCUGUGGGCUCACCUGGGGAAGAUCCGCUCCGAGCUGUCGCACAUCCAGCAGGCGCUCGAGCGCACGGCUCGCACCAGCGAAGGCCCGCUCGAUCUAUCCCUCAAAAAAAAAACUGUGGGAAUCCCAAUCAGAGGCGUUUUAGGAGACACGGGAGAUGAAAACUGCUCAGAGAGCGAGGAAGAGGAGGAGGAUAAAGACGACAGAGACACGGAGGAGCGAGGGAGCAGUUUUAAAGAAAGGCAGAAGUGCUCUCUGGACGCGCUGAUGAAGCUGAACCCCGUGGUGAAGACAGAGGUGCUAUCCGACGCCGGGAUGGCCAUACGGGCCGGGACGGCUGAAGCUCUGUGGCACAGCAGGACCACGAAGUGUGAAGCCGACUCAAGUGUCCUCCUCUGCUCCAAAACACCCAACAGACCUCCGUCCAUUCAACACCUGGACACGCUGUGUCCAACCAGCCCCUUAACGACCACCGACACCAUGGUGUAG